UUCCCUAUUUUGAACUUUUUAGAAUCUUAUCUCUAGUACUCUGAAAUUUUAAAAUAGUGAGUUGUGAAAUGGUUCCUUUUCACCCAUUUUGUGGGUACUCCCUGGGCUAUUUCGGUUGAGAUUCAGAACCUUCAGUUAUGAGGAACUUUGGUAAUCAUUCCUCCCCUCUGUUUUCUUUUUCUGAAACUUUUACUCAUCAAAUACCUCCUGGAUUGAUUACCUAAUUUUCUUGUAUUUCCAGUUUGCUAUGACUUUCUCUUUCAGCCCAUCUAUUAAUUUUUUACUAUUAUAUUUUUAAUUUCCAAGAAUGUUUUCUAUAGCAUUCUUUUCAUCAUUCUCAGACGUAAUACCUUCUUAUUCAUUACAAAAUGUUCCUCUGCUCUCUCUGCCUCUUUCAGUCUCUGUUUCUUAUGUUUGACAGCUCCCCAACUGCCUAAUGAGCCUUGGUUUUCUGUUCAAUCAAAUAAUGACGCACUAAAAGGUAGUCAGAUUCUCUUUGUGUAAGUCAGGGCAGGGUUUGUUGAGUGAGUAGCUCACUGAGUAAUUGUGGACUCAGCUCUUUCCUGGGUGAUCCUCAGAUAUGAAAUCAUGUUAACUUUAUUACUGAGAUGAUUUGUUUCCCUAUAGAGGAAUUCUUCAAUCCCCUAUUUGGGGGUAGAUGGUGGGGCAGAGCUUGGGGGCAGGAAAAAUUAUAGUAUAUAACUAUAAAUAGUAAACUUGGUUAUUGGUGCUGCAUAUUAAACUUUUAAAUCCUUGGCUAGAAAAUAGUAAGUUUUCAAUAAUUAUUUGAUGUCAUUAUAAUAUGUGAAAUGGGAUGAAUAAUAGUAUCUAACUCAUAGAGGAAUUUUAAGGAUUCAAAGAGGUGAUUCACGUAAGUCACUUACAUGUGCCUAGAAUCAUAAUAAUUUCUAAUAUAUGUGGAGUGCUUGUCAUGUGCAGUUACAUUUCUAAGAACUUUACAUGAAUUAAAUAAUUGAAUCCUCACAAUUUCUCCAUGAAUUAGAAACAGUUACUAAUAAUCCUACAAGAGAGGUGAUAUUAUUAUCUUAUUUCACAGAGAUGUCAAAUAACUUGCUCAAGGUAACAUAUCAGUAACCUGGGAUUUCAACUUGGGUCCUCUGCUUCAUAGCCUCCCUAUGCUGUCAUAGAUGUAAGCAUUUUAAAGAAUGAACAAAAGGUUAAGAUAGAAAUGGAUGUGUUAGGAUGCAGGAUUAUGAACUGGAGGAUAAUUAGAACUGAAAAAGGCAACUCAUUUAUAGGUGUUCUUGAUCCUAGACUUUGCAAGAUUCCUUUAGAACCUUACUUCAACCUUUGUUCCCAUCCUGUGACUGUGCAAGCUUUUGCAAUGAAGAGAAAACACAGGAUUGGAGACACAAAAUCAGAAAUUAAGAUUCUAAGCAUAGGCGGAGGUGCAGGUGAAAUUGAUCUUCAAAUUGUCUCCAAAGUUCAGGCUCAAUACCCAGGAGUUUGUAUCAACAAUGAAGUUGUUGAGCCAAGUGCUGAACAAAUUGCCAAAUACAAAGAGCUUGUAGCCAAGACAUCAAACCUUGAGAAUGUAAAGUUUGCUUGGCAUAACGAGACAUCAUCUGAAUAUCAAAGAAGAAUGUUGGAGAAAAAGGAGGUUCAAAAGUGGGACUUUAUUCAUAUGAUUCAGAUGCUGUAUUAUGUAAAAGACAUCCCAGCUACCCUGAAAUUCUUCCAUAGUCUCUUAGGUACCAAUGCUAAGAUUCUCAUUAUUGUUGUGUCAGGAAGCAGCGGCUGGGACAAGCUGUGGAAAAAGUACAGAUCACGCUUACCCCAGGAUGACCUGUGCCUAUAUGUCACGUCAGAUGACAUCACUCAGAUGCUGGACAACCUAGGGCUUAAGUAUGAGUGCUACGACCUUUUGUCCACGUUGGACAUAUCUGAUUGCUUUACUGAUGGUAAUGAAACUGCAGACCUACUUUGGGAUUUUUUGACUGAAACCUGCAACUUUAAUGCCACAGCACCACCUGAUCUCAAAGCAGAGCUUGUGAAAGAUCUACAAGAGCCUGAAUUUAGUACUAAGAAAGAGGGGAAGGUUCUUUUUAAUAAUAAUCUGAGUUUCAUAGUGAUUGGGGCAUAAUUAUCAAUCACAAAAGUAUAUUCAAAAAUUAUAUUUUGAACAACUCUGAUUGCUCAUUUAUUUCCAUAUUAAAAUUACAAACACAUACAUUAAUGUAGAUAAAGCACUGUUUGGAUAUGAGAAGUAGUGAAUUCCAAGACAUUAUUGGACUUCCAUUUGGAAUCAUAUGGGAUACUGCUGGUCUUAUCCUGUCCCUCCUCCGGGAAGAGAGACCACAUGCAGGCUCAACAUAACAUAAGCUAGAAAAAUUAGAAGACUGAAUUUCUAUGGCAUAUUGAUAAUAAAAUUCAUUCCAUUUGCUGAUUGUCUGAAAUUUUCUAGAAUAAUAAUAAAAUAUAUACUAUAGAUUCUUUAUUAGUGAAGUAUGCACUUAUCAAUACUUUGAACACAAAGCCUGUGUUACUGAUUUGGCCAUUUUGUGAAGAAAUAUUUCUCUUUGUACAUUCUUCUAUUGUACUUUUUAUCUCACUUUUAUUAAUUUUUAAGAGUAAGCACCUUUAGAAUAUUAAAAAUUAAUUCUUUAUCAUGUGUUGUCAUUUCUUCCCAUUGUGUUUCUCUUGUAAUUUUAUCUGUGAAUUAAUAGCUUUUUGUUUGUAUUUUUGAUAUACUGGAGUUUUCUAUUAUAUUCAGCCAAAUUUUUUAAAGUCUGGGCUUUGACACAUUUUAAAAGAGCUUCUAAAACCAAGGUUUUAGAAUACUAACAUUUUAUCAAAAUAUUAUAGUUUUGUUUUUUUCAAAAAAUGAAAUCUUUAAUAUGUUUGAAAUUUAGGUAAGUAUAACAGUGAGAACAAACUGUUUCCCCUCAAAAUAAUAGCCAGAUGUAUAAACAAAAUUUAUUGAAGAACAAAAAAACACAAAACUAAAACCUGUUCUAGCUUAAAAUGCACCUUUUACCAGAUUUCUAGGAAUUGCAUAAAUGCAAGAUUCUAGAAAACCUUCAAUGCAUUUUGAUACUUUAUAGUUUCUUAUGUCACUCUUAAGACCUCCUGUAAGACCAAGAGUCAUUUGGACUGUAGGAUUUCGGGGGGGUUGAAAACAUAUUUGAUGUUUCUUAUUUUUAAUAAUAACCCUCUAUCAUUUUUUACAUAAACAGUACAUAUCUUUAGAUAAGUAAAUAGCUAAUUUAAUAAUUAAUAAAUAAAUAUUUAAGUAUACAAAUAAUUAGUACUCCCUGUCAGAAACAAAACAAAAGUAAGGUUUUACUAAACAGCUCAUGAGCCCUCAUUCUGCCAAUGAGGAAGCCUUCAACACAGUGUGAUACUCACUCUUUCAUGUAAUAGGACUUCCAUGUAAUGCUGAUGUAUAAUCACUCUAAAAACUUAAACGAUCCCUCUCAAUCACCUAGUUUAUCCCCAGGGAAUAUACUGGCAUAGAGAGCCUAUUUACACUAAUAAGCUACCAAGCUUUGUUGUUCGUAAUAAGUAAGAUGGACUUGCAUUGCUCUCUCUUUUUUUUGGACAACUUCACCAGUGAUUUUUGAAUUAUAUGUUCCAACAAAUGAAACCACACGUCUCCAAUCAGAUUCCUGAGUAUGAACACUGAAUCAUUAAUCAUACUGAUAUGUGCUACUGACAAAGGAAAUCUGUGAGGCACAUAUGAUUGAUGGGUAUGGGGCCAUGAAGACCUGGAAGAGCUUCACCAGAAAUAUGGAAAUCAAGACUUUACAGAGUCUUUUGUAUAAAGCACACAUGCAAAAACAAACAAAAAUAGAACUAACAAUCCCAUUGAAAGAUGCAAAACAAUUGCAGUCCAUAGAUAGGUGUUUGUAAAUAUGGCCUUUUUCUCGUCCUUGUUAAACCUUUAGUAUACAAGGAUAAAUAAAUUCUCACCUGCUUAAUUUUAAUGCAAUUGAAACACACAGCUUUUUUAAAGACAGAAAUUCUGGGGAAAACCUACUAGUUAGCAAUGGGAAGCUAUAUAAUUUCAAGGGAUAAACCUAUCCCUGAUUUCUUCUUGCACUGUAUGAUAUUACCAAAAUUUGGGGCAGUCACAUACUGACUUUUCAGGUUUGUUCUUGUGUUUCAGAAAAAAGUGCUCGGGGUGAAUUUGGAAUGUUGUUUUAUGUAUCGUGGAUCUCUCAGUGUUUAACAUGGUGCCUUGGUAAAUGUUAAGUAAAGGGGCAUCAAUGAAUUCUUUCCUUCUCAAACAUUUAUUUUGUACCUUGUGUGUUCAUAUUAUUAUUAUAAACAGAGCUCAAGAAAGCCAACAAAGUUAUGUGUUGCCAUUAGUAUGAGUGUAAACCUUAACUUAUUUAGGACUCUUUCAGACACUUUUUUGCACGUAUUGUUAGGGCAUAUUGCCAAAACCCAAAGAGAAAGCAUGAUAUGGAGCACAGCAUUUUAGGGCUUGAUAUUUGCUUAUUAUAAAAAUUGGUGACUUUCUUAAUUAAAAACCCUGCCAUUCUGGGCCAUAAAAAUUAAGUAAUUUCUAAUGCACAUCCAUAAAAAGAGAUGCAAAGGCCAUAGAGAAUACUAGAUCUUAAGUCUGUGGAACUGCACAGACCCAAAUGUAUAUUUAAUGUAUUUUAAAUGUUUGUUUAAUGAGAAUAGCUUGCACAUAAUACUUUAUUAUUGAAAUCAUAUUUGUAUGUUUCACCUCAUCAGAAUGUUACUUCUAAGAAAAUGUGAACUUCUUGCGAAGUCCCACAGUGGAGUGAGUGGAUUAAAAUAACCUUGUUAAAUAAAGCUGAAAAGCCGGA